AUGACCAACCUUCCCCGGCCCACGCUGCUCUGGAGCGGCCACAAAAGUUUCCUGCCAGACAGGGGGGAAAAACCGGAGGGAACGUGUAACCAGGAGGCUGGAAACAAGCGGCACGGCAGCGUGUCGCACGGCCAGGCUGGAAAUCGUCCCCUGCCGCCAGGGACGGCCCGGCGGCCUUUCGACGCUGAAUUUCGCCGCUUCGCCAUGAAGCGCUCCGUCGCGGGCAGCUUCCAGGACUUCUACCGCCUGCUGCAGACGGUGCACCAGAUCCCGCGGGUGGACGUGCUCCUGGGCUACACGGACAUCCACGGCGACCUCCUGCCCAUCAACAAUGAUGACAACUACCACAAAGCCCUGUCCUCUGCCAACCCCCUCCUCAGGGUCAUCAUCCAGAAGAAGGCAGAGUCCGAUGCCGGCGUCUUCGCCUCAAACUCCUUGCAGCGGAAGAAGAAGGGGCUGCUGCGCCCCACACACUACCGGGCAAAGCCUCACCUCCUCAUCGGCAUGCCCCAGGACUUCCGCCAGAUCUCCUCCAUCAUUGACGUGGACAUCCUGCCCGAGACCCACCGCCGCGUGCGGCUCCACAAGCACGGCUCCGACAAGCCGCUGGGCUUCUACAUCCGCGACGGCGUCAGCGUGCGUGUGGCCCCGCAGGGAGUUGAGAAGGUGCCCGGCAUCUUCAUCUCCCGCCUGGUGAAGGGCGGCUUGGCCGAGAGCACGGGGCUGCUGGCAGUGAGCGACGAGAUCCUGGAGGUCAAUGGCAUUGAUGUGGCUGGCAAGUCCCUGGACCAGGUGACGGACAUGAUGGUGGCCAAUAGCCACAACCUCAUCAUCACUGUCAAGCCGGCCAACCAGCGCAACAACGUCAUCCGCAGCAGCAAGGCCUCGGGCAGCUCGGGCAUGUCUACGGACAGCACCCCCAGCCAGCAGACCCCCAGCCCGGCCUCGCAGUACCUGAGCAACUACAGCACGGCUGAGAGCGACGAGGAGGGCGACCUGGUCAUCGAGAGCGACAGCACGCCCCACUACCUCCCCGGGGGCUGCCCCAACGGGGGCCCUGCGGACGGACCCCUCCAGCGGAGCCUGUCCCCGCACAGCUCGCGGGGCUCCCUGCAGUCCUUCGGCAGCCAUGAUGGCAGCCCCGGC